GCCGGGACCUCGGGACCUUUAAUUGAGCUGUCCACCCCAGAUACUGACCCGAAUUUGAUGCUGACGAGGAACGUCUCCAUGCGAUUGCGACACACUGAACAUACACAGAUGGCAGAAAUACUGGUACAAGGUCCUUGGGACCGCAAGGCUGGGCGAUACGACUAUAAGCGGUUCGACCAAGGCUCCCACACCAGUCCUUCAAUGGGAUACCAAUCGAUCGGAAAGGUCAACGUCGGUGUUCGAUUCCUUUUGAGAAAAUCUCAAUGGGGAACAUUAGGGCGCGCUGAAAAUGCCGCUGGCAUCAUCUACUUGGAGCUCGAAUUCGACCAGCCUCCAGACUGUGAAUUGGAAUCUGCAGAAAUCCAAUUGACCUUGGACGAAGAAGAUGAGGGGCUGGGGCCAUAUCGUGUUGAGAGCUUGCCACCCUCAGACCGCCUGGUUCUGGUCACCGACUUUUAUGGACCUGGAAACCCCUUGGCUGGCACUGCAAAGAAGGUUGCGAUCAGAAAGUCGCACAAGCUCGAGCCUUCAGCAAACGUGUUGGGCAAUGGAGGCGCCCUGGGUGCUUUGGCGAAUGAAAAAGUUCUUGAGCAUGAAAGUCGUUGGAAAUUCGAGACCCUCAGAGUGCCUGACAGGAGCAGUCGCAGGCAAUCGGCCGACAGAUGCCUGCGGUGGAGGAUGACAGAGAACGAUAUCGAGAGGUCGACCCGCAGCAACAAAGUCUACACCGCCUUUGCAUACGAGCACAGCGGGCAGCCAUUCCUGAUGAAGAUUGAGAUCUCGGGCAAGCUGAGGAAGCGGGGCGAUCGGAUGAAGGCCAACCUCAAGAAGUUUGGGCCCCGAGCACGAAAGCAAGAGGAUAUCUCCACCACACUGGUCGGCGCGUAUCUUGGCAACAGGAGACCGCUUGAUGAGCUUGCCCGGGGCUUAGCGAGUGCAAUGGAGUUGGAGAAUUGUAUGGAGGCAGCGGUCGAGGUCCCUGAGGUGCAGACAGCCUCCUUUCAACAAGUUGCACGUGAUUCAAUCUCGUCUACGAACUCGGCUCAGGGUCCUUCCAGUGCUCAGGCUUCAGGCCAGACUUGCAUAGAGGGAACUACCCCUCAGCCCGAGUUAAGACUGAAUGGCCAGACUCUUGAUAUGUUGGAAGACACGCCAGUUGGAACAGUACGCGACCGCACCGCGUCGACACUGGAGAACCUCGCUCGGUCUCCAGAAUAUUUCACAAAGUCAAUCAGGCUGGACUCGCAGGUCAUUCGCGGGGAUGUUUCCGAAGCUUCAGGUCACUCUUCAGACACCACCCUGGUAGCCACUCAGUCUGAGCAGUCGCAGCCGGAGACACAGCCGGAGUCGCAGCCAGAGACACAGCCGGAGUCGCAGCCAGAGACACAGCCGGAGUCGCAGCCAGAGACACAGCCGGACGAAGAGGAAAUCAUAGAGUCCAAGAGCCACAAUUCGGCUCCUGCGGUGGUGGAUCAGUUCGACGAAGACAUCAUGACAAGAGUGAUGGAGGUUGCCAUGUUGCGAAUAUUUAUACAGUCUAUACUUUGGGUAAUGGAUUUUUUUGGAGCUUUUGGCGCUAGGAAGCCUGAAGAAACGCAGCGGGAGAAGAAAACACAGAGGAAAAGGCCUGGGCGUGUGAGACACAGGAGAAAAGAAACAUGAGUCUACAGAUAAUUAAUAUAAAAGGGGGUCUGAUGAAA